ACCAUGGUUGUGGGGGACACAGAGGGUGCACAGACAAGUAGGUGGCUGCUACUCCCAGAUAUGUCACAGGGAGCCCUGGGACCAUGGGGUGCAGGCUAACAGAGGCAUUUGGGAAGCAGCAGGCUAUCAGAGCCUGAGUGGCCCCCUUUCCUUUCCUGCUCUGACGACAGUGAGCAAGAUGAUGGUGACACUGUGUCCCAUAUGAUACUGGGGGAGGAUGGAGUGAAGGAGGACCAGGCACAGCCACUGAAAGAACUGGGACGUGUUACCACUGGAGACAGGGAGGAAAGGGUGGCGAUGACACCAGUGACCCUGAGAGGGAAAGGGGACCGGGACCGGGGUGCCUUGUGCACGCACAGGACCAUCCACAGGAAAUGGAAGGGUUCAUUUCAGACCUUUGGAAAGGAGGUGUGCAUCACAGGUCACUCGGUGUACCCCGGACUCUGCACCGUCCUUCAGGAGUGCACAUGUUGCCAAUGCUAUGCCAGGUUUGGGGGCCACUUGCCUGUGCCCCGGGCUGAUGCACUGCUGCCCUACUGGGUCCCUCUGUCCCUGAGACCACGAAAGCAGGUCUCAAAGAUGAUGCGGUGUUAUGUCCCCAGAGCCAUAAGGUCGUGCCGUUGCCCCUGCCACAGCUUUGGGGGGCGCCUUCCGAUGCCCAGGGAGAGGGCUGUCAUGCCCUAUUGGGUGCCCCAGGGGCUGAGGUCACAGAAGAAGGUGGUGAAGAGGUUGGAGAAUGUUAAAGGCACUACAGAGUGCUCCCUGGACUCAAGCAGCCGCCAUGGCUGUUGGCGGGUUCGUGGGGACCAGCGUCUCCUCCUCAAGUGGCGGCAGCUCCAGGCCCUUCAUCAGGAUGAGCUGCCUCAGGCGCUCAGGCCUCAGGAGGAUGAGCCACAUGCUGGCCGCUUGGGCCUCUUCCUGCCCAUCAGCUUCAAUCUCCUGACCCUGCUGCAGGCUGUCCUGAGGGCCAUCAUGGCCAUUCGCCAUUUGUUCUGGGACUGAAGUGGAGUCUUCAGCUACUGUCAAGAUCCUCAGCAAGAAUGUCAGUCACCAUCAUGGUCCUCAAGGGAAAAGCCCUCAGAUGAGGAGGAUCUGUGACACUUGCUGUUUCCACACACGACAAGAUCUGCACCCAUGAUCCAAUUUGAACUAGAAGCCACCAUGUGACUGUUAGUUGGAGGGGGGCUGGUGUGAAUGUCCAAACGAGUCUGUUAUGAAUGCAGCCAAUAAAUGUUAUUUGUGAAACUCUAAA